CGGCUCUCGCCGGAAUCCGCAAAAUAUUUGUGGCCAUCGCUUGCCUCGUAAACGCGCCCACCCUCAUCUCUGACGCCUUCCCAGCCUCUUCUGGUCGUAGCAUCUGCGGCAGGAAUUGUUAAUUUCCACUAAUAGCGGAUUUGCGCAUUAUGGAUUUCGCAAAUCCAUUGCCGUCGACAGUCAAGUCUGCCUCUUUCUACGUGUUGAGCACAGAGGAAAUCAAACGUAUAUCUGUCCAACAAAUCACCAAUGAUUCAAUAUUCGAUCAGCUUGGCAGACCAAUCCCUAAAAGUCUUUAUGAUUCCGCAUUGGGUCCCCUCACACCACGAGACAUUUGCGAAACUUGUAAGCUGGACUAUUUCAAGUGUCCCGGUCAUUUCGGGCAUAUUGAGCUACCUGUUCCUGUGUACCAUCCAUUUUUUAUGGUGACACUCCUCAAACUCCUGCGGUGUACAUGCCUUUUCUGUCACCAUUUCAUGUUUGGAGCAGCUAUUCGAGCCAGAUUCACUGCGGUAUUCCGCCUUCUGGAGUACGGCUUGCUCGCGGAGGCUCAAGCGCUGGAUGAAUUUGAGCCUGACUUUGCUGACAAUGAUGAGGAAACAGAUGCCGGGGCGCUUACCCUUCCCGAAUACAUCAAGAAAGUCGAAACCACAGUUGAUCACGCGUUACGGUCCCGCGGAGGGAUCCAAGAUGGCUACAAGCACGAACUGGUUUUCUCUUUUCGUCAACAAGCAAUAAAAAAAUUCCUCCAGUUCCGGUUAACCCGUUGCCGUAACUGUAAAGCUGUGGCACACACCUUUCGCAAAGAAGGCUCAGCAAAAAUAGUCCGAUACGACUUGACUCCGCUCCAGAAACAAGAGAACUCGAGGCAUCAUGUCGCCACACCUGAUGUUCUUAGCAGUGAAGCCGCGAAAAUGCCUGUCACUGUGGAUGAUGAUGACGGGGGAGAGGAGGAACCGGCUCCGCAAGCCGAGUUUACGGACGACGAAACAUCGGACGAGCUGGUAAAAAAGGAUGUUACUAAGCCGACAGGUGCUCCUACGGUCGGUAAAAGGCGUGGUCGACAAGAAUUCCUAUUCCUCCCUGAGGAAUGCCGUGCUCAUAUCCGAAGGUUGUUUGCCAACGAGUCAACCCUAUGCUCCCUAAUCUUUGGUCGACACGGUCCGUAUGCUUAUGGCAAUGGAAGAGCUUCGGGACUGCCUAGCAAGACCACUCCUGGGCAGGCGUCAGCGGACAUGUUCUUCUUGGAGGUUAUGCCAGUGUCACCGAAUCGCUUUAGACCCGUCCAGAGAGUGGGAGACGCGCUUUUUGAGAAUACCCACAACCAAACGUUGACUCAUAUUCUGCAAACUUCUCUCGAGAUCAAGCAAGUAUCUACAGAACUCAAAGGUUAUUCGAUUAAGGAUGGGAAUAUGUCAGCGGAUGCCGUCGAAGAACAACGGACUCUAGCACUCCAACACCUUGUUCGUUUGGUUCUCAAGAUACAGCGCGAUGUCGAGUCCUUUAUGGACAGCAAUAGACACACCAGUCGUACGAAGCUUCCUCCGCCAGGCGUCAAGCAAAUUUUGGAGAAGAAGCAAGGCCUUUUUCGCCAGAAUUUGAUGGGGAAACGGGUAAAUUUUGCCGCCCGUUCUGUAAUCUCGCCGGACGUGAAUAUCGAGACAAAUGAGAUCGGCGUUCCCCCCGUGUUCGCAAAAAAGUUGACCUUCGCGGAGGCGGUCACAGAUGCCAACGUUCACGAGCUACGCCAGGCGGUUAUUAAUGGCCCAACAUGGCCUGGAGCCAGUAUGGUGCAGAUGGAAAAUGGUCAAUGUAUUAGUUUGCUUACUACAAUGGACAAGCGAAGGGCUAUCGCAAACCAGCUUCUGACUCCGCAACAACAGCCCCCUUCUCAUUCCUUGGGUCAUCUUGGCCUGACGCAUCGCUUGCAGUCCGGAACUCCUACCGUCAAUAAAAAAGUGUUUCGGCACCUCCGUGAUGGUGAUAUGCUCAUCGUGAAUCGACAGCCUACUCUUCACAAACCGAGCAUGAUGGUCCAUAGGGCAAGAGUCCUUCGAGGCGAAAAGACGAUUCGGAUGCACUAUGCGAACUGUAACUCGUAUAAUGCUGAUUUUGAUGGUGACGAGAUGAAUCUUCACUUUCCCCAAAACGACGUUCCCAGAGCGGAAGCUAUGGUGAUUGCCAACACUGAUGACCAGUAUCUCGUACCGACGUCCGGUGCGCCUCUUCGAGGUCUUAUCCAGGAUCACGUCGUAGCCGGGGUCUGGAUGACGAACAAGCAGACCUUUUUUACUCGCGAAGAGUAUCAUCAAAUAAUUUAUGGGGCUCUUCGCCCCGAGAACGGAUACACCGGGUGUGGCAGGGUACUGACACUGCCUCCCGCAAUCUGGAAGCCACGUGCCUUGUGGACGGGGAAACAACUUAUCUCUACGGUUUUAAAAAACGUUACACCCCCCAACUCCAAGGGGUUGAAUAUGGAAUCCAAAGCUAAAGUUCCUAACAAGUAUUGGGGGCUUUUCUCCACGGAACAAGACGUCGUUUUUGUCGACGGCGAGCUGGUCUGUGGCAUACUCGAUAAAUCUCAAUUUGGUGCGACUUCAUAUGGUAUGGUGCACGGCGUUUACGAGCUCUACGGUGGAGAGGUUGCUGGAAAGUUACUGAGUGUUCUUAGUCGACUAUUCACGAAAUUCCUCCAACAUCGAGCCUUCACUUGCCGAAUGGAUGACUUAGCUUUGACUCCAUCUGCUGAUGCGGCUCGAAAGUUAGUCUUGAAAGAGGGCUCUAAUUUUGGCACCGAGGCUGCAAUGGACAAUUUCCCUUCACUGUCGGACCCCCAGUCACCUAAUGACGAAAAGCCUGCAGCUUUGAAAAAGUUGCUGGAGGAAGUGCUUCGGGACGACAACAAGAUGGCUUCCCUUGAUGUAACUGUUAAGAACAAGAUGAGGUCUCUGAAGAGCCGGCUCGACGAUUUAUGUGUUCCAGGAGGCCUUCUUAGACGGUUCCCGGACAAUCACAUGCAGACCAUGGUGACUAGCGGUGCAAAGGGCAGCGCUGUCAAUGCAAACCAGAUCUCAUCUGCACUUGGACAGCAAGAGCUUGAGGGUCGCCGUGUGCCCGUGAUGGUCAGUGGAAAGACGCUACCCUCUUUCAAAGCUUUCGAGACUGCCGCCAUCGCCGGUGGAUUCGUUGGCAGUCGGUUUUUGACUGGAUUAAAACCGCAAGAGUUCUAUUUUCAUUGCAUGGCUGGCCGUGAAGGUCUCAUCGAUACUGCCGUCAAGACCAGUCGUUCUGGCUAUCUUCAGCGAUGUCUGAUGAAGCAUCUCGAAGGGAUUCGCGUUCACUAUGAUCACACCGUCCGUGGCAGCGAUGCCUCCAUCUAUCAGUUCCUCUACGGUGGAGACGGCCUAGACGUGACGAAACAGAAGUAUCUCCUGGACUCGGAGAAGCAGAAAAACUUGUUGCUUUUCGCUUCCCAGAAUCAGCAAGCCCUUGCUGACAAAAUUAAUUACUCUGCGCUGAUGGACUCGCCUAUGAUCAAUAAGGAAGGUGCUCUCUCCCACUCCAAAAAAGUUAUCUCGAGACCGAGUAAAUAUUCCCCAACCCUUUCGAAGUACCCACCUUGGUUAUAUCUUGGGGCCACGUCCGAGCGGUUCAGCUACGCACUGCACCAUUACAUUGAAGACAAUCCACACGGUGUCAUCUUCAAUAAAGAAGCGGAGCCUGGACUGUCAAAACGUCGUCGCCUGGUAAAUCGCAAGACUUUCCGGAGCCUCAUGCACGCACGCUAUCUCCGUUCUUUGGCCGAUCCUGGCGAAGCUGUCGGGGCGCUGGCCUCUCAGGGGGUAGGCGAACCCUCGACUCAAAUGACGCUGAACACCUUCCAUUUCGCAGGACAUGGUGCUGCAAAUGUGACACUUGGUAUUCCUCGACUUCGUGAGAUCAUUAUGACAGCAGCCCGGAGCCCCAAAACUCCAACGAUGACAUUGCCCGCUACAAGCAGCGCUUCAGUGGCGGAUAUAGCUGCUUUCUGCAAACGGGCCAGCCGCCUAACCCUGUCCCAAGUCGUCGAUUUUGUUCAAGUUGAAGAAAUGUAUAUAUCGCACUCCAAUGUCCGGAGACGACAGUACAGCGUCACCCUUGAGCUAUUUCCGAGCGAUCAAUUUCACGAGGAAUAUGAUAUCAACAGAGCCGAAGUAUUGAGGACUAUUGGCACAAAAUUUGGCAUCGCACUCUCUGCCCACAUUAAGCGAGAGCUCCGAAGGGCGCGAUCGGAUCUCCAAUCUGCUGUAUCUGAAGCGAAUGUCCCCUCGGAGGGAGUGUCCACUCGCGGCGGGGCGGUAGAGGACGUCGACGGGGCUGAGCAGGGCGACGAUGAGGGUGUGAAGCAUGGUGAUAACACACACGAGCAACAAGGAGAUGAGAUAGAGUAUGAGGAAGGUAACAGUGACGAUGAAGACGAGGAAGAGGAAGAGGAGGAAGAGGAGGAAGAGGAGGAAGAGGACAAUGAGGACAAGAAUUCGAAACUAAAUGGGCAAAAUUUGACAGCCAAAGACAGUCCAUCAAAUAGUGAAACCGUGACUGACAUUGCUCAGCCCUCAGGCAGUGCUGCCGAUGCCCCAUCUGGAAGCUCGGCUACUCAAUCUGCGAGACUUGCGAGAGCGGACGACGCCCUAAGCAAGUCCUGCGAGUGGUUUGUCCCUGGAUCUUUGACUUUUCACUCCAAACAUCAAUCAAGUUGCACGUUCAGGCUUUCGUUCCCAGUUGGAACCCCAAAACUGUUACUCGUUGGCUUGGUGGAGCAGUCCUGCAUUAGAUCCGUCAUACGUGAAAUCCCUCAGGUCACUCGCUGUCUGCAUGUCAAGAAAACGGGUGACGAACGGGAAACUAUGAUGACAGAGGGAUCGAACCUCCAAGGGUUAUGGGGAUUCGUUGAUCAGAUCGGCGACAUCGUUGACAUUGACGGGGUCACAAGUAAUGACAUUUAUGCUGUGCUCUGCACCUACGGUGUCGAGGCAGCCAGAGCAACCAUUAUCAGCGAAGUUCAGAGUAUCUUUGCAUCAUAUGGUAUUGCUGUUGAUGGAAGACACAUCGAAUUAAUCGCAGAUUACAUGACAUUCGAUGGAGGUUUUAGAGCGUUCAAUCGAAUCGGUAUCGGCAGUAAUUCCUCACCGUUCCUUAAAGCGUCAUUCGAGACUUGUGCUAAAUUUGUAACGGAAGCAACUGUCUUCGGGGACUUUGACAGUUUGACCAGUCCUAGCGGUGCCAUCGUGCUGGGUCGACCCGUCCAAUGUGGUACUGGUGCAUUUGACAUCCUUACAGACUUGAGUGCACAUGCCGCCAAAUAUUCAAUGUCCCAGUAGUUUCCAGAUACUUCAUACAUGGUUAUCAUAGAGCCAAUGUCAUAUCUUUACACCGCACUAUCCUUUGUACACCUCCACGUGCGCUAUUCCACAUUUCGACCUGGCGUAUCGUGCAAGUGUCUGUCUAGGCAGGAGUCCAGCCUAUAUAACUUCGUAAUAGUGUCUGCACUGGGUGUAUUUUGUAAAUACCGAGCC